CGCCUUUAUCGUGGGAAUAGUGUAUAAAAUAGGCGGGCGUGGAUCUGUCACCAACCAGAGGCGGAUCCUCGACGGACGACCUACGUGACAUGAAGUUCCACCUGUUUAUAUCCUUGGCAUUCCUGGCCACGGCCAUUGCCCAUUGCCACUGCCUAGACACAGAAGACGACCGGCCCGUAAAUUUAGCUGACCUCGAAGAUGAAUACAUCGUCGAGACGUUCAAGAACAUAUCGCAAACUUUGAAGAACAGGCUCACUGCCCUGGUAGUCAGGGCUCUACAGACGACCCACGAACUGAAGAAAGUCGCCGGGGACGGAGGCAAACACCUCAAGGAACACUUGAAAGAAUUAUGGCGGGAAAUUGCCGAGUCGAGAGAUCAACUGAAAGAGAAGCUUCGGGAAGCGUUCGUACCUGCGCAGUACUCCUUCGAAAGCCGGCUGCUGCGUCGCUUCAAGCCCGUCAGCGCAAAGCUGCAACGAGUCCUCGCACAACUCAGGGAAGGGUCGAAGCUCGAGCGGAUCCGCGGAAUUCUUAGCGAUAUCUACGAGGAAAUCAGGGGCAAACUUCGGUUCCGCAAACCUCGAGCUGCCGAGUACUCCGAAGAUGUCGCACCUGUCGAAACCGAAUACAUAAUCAAGACCCUGAAAGAGCUACGCGCGGCGGUCAAAGACAAGAUGGGAGUACUCUUCGACAAAAUCAAGGCAAAGGCCGCCGAGGUGAGACGUAGUAUCGGAGAUAGAGCCAAGGAAGUAAAGGCCGAGCUGAAAGCCCUUCGAGAGAAGCUAGCCUCAACCAGAGACGACGUACGCGAUAAGGUUAAGGAGAUCUUCAGGCCCUCUCAGUACACCGACGCGGGCUUUGUGGGAGAAACUUUGAGGCCACUCCACGAGAAAUUCGAGAAAUUUAUGAGAGCCACGAAGGAUAUGAUCGAGGACGAUGCCGAGAAAGCAAAGGAGCUGCUCCAGGAACUCGAAUCGGAGAUCGAGCGCGUCGUGAACGCAUUGGGCCUCUCCACGUACACCGCAGAACAGGACGCAACUGAAGACGCCCUAGCUUUCGAGCAGCUGACCAUCGUACUUCAUAACGAACUUCUCGAUAUCAUUGCAAAAUUGGAGGGCUUGCAGUCCGAUGAAACCCCGAACCAGGAGGCGAUUGAGGAACAGCUACGACGCCUUGAUGAGCUUAAAAAGAAAGUGAGAGCCGUGCGACAACAACUUCAGCAGCCAGCGAAGUACUUCUUUAAACCCGUACUCGAAAGAUUAAAUAAUAUUUUCGACAGGUCCGGCGCCAGGCUUCUCGACUUUGUCGAAAAGGUUUCCAAGGCAGCACGAGUUGUGAAACAUGCACUUGGUCACGUGUCUAAGCACGUCAAGCAUUCGUUCGGGAAGAUAAAGGGCAUCGUCGCGAAAGGUCGCGAUCAAGUGAAGCAGCACGUGAGAGAUGCUCUGGGGAAGCGAGAUGACACGACAGAAGCUGAUACUUAUACUACGACCACGGCCGCAACAACAGAUGACGUCCAGGAGGUCUACACAACAACAGAUGACGUACAGGAGGCGCACACAACAACAGAUGACGUCCAGGAGGCGCACACAACAACAGAUGACGUACAGGAGGUGCCCACAACAACAGACAACGUCCAGGAGGUCUACACGACAACAGAUGACGUACAGGAGGUCUACACAACAACGACGGACACGGAUGCCGACGAAUCGCGAAGUACUACCUCGGAACGUUAUUGGACAACUGCUGGCUUCGAGCUAGAUUCGGCAACUGGCUACCCGAGCAUCGGUGAUCCGGUCGACUACGAGGAACCAUAAUCCCCGCCGCACUUUCAUCAAGACAUUGUGAAGGACUCUUCCUCGUUCCUCGAAAAAGAUAUUGUGUGUUCAUUAGGAAAUGAGAAUUGCGGAUGUACAGAUAGUUAUUAUGUAAUAAAUGCGAUACCGUA